AUGCCUGCUGUAAGCAUAUGUGACCCUGUUGCGGCCACACUGUGUCGUUCUUUGGAGACUAACCAGCCUAAAUCAUCGGAUGAUUUAUCUUCAUGCUUGGUUAACAAUGCAUCUAGAAUUCUCCAAUCAGAAAUUCAAUACAAGGAAGUAGAUGAUUAUCAAACAACAAUUUUGGAUCAACUUAAAGCCAAAUAUAUUGUAUUGAGCUUGCCAAACUCUGAAAAUUUAGAUGGUAAAACAAAAGAUGGAACAAAUUGUAUAAAAAGAAAUGAAAAAACAAGCAAAGGACCCAGUUUGCCAGAACCAAGUGUUGUUUUAUAUCCACCCAAGAAAGUUAGCCUGGGUUGGAAAGAGACAUUUCCAGUUGGAGCUGGCAUGUAUAAUGUUGGAAAUACUUGUUACUUAAAUAGCACUCUUCAAGCUCUGUUCCAUAUACCAGCGCUUGUUAACUGGUUAUUAUCUGAUUCGCAUCAUACAUCAAAGUGUGAACAAAACGAUGGAGGUGGAGAGUGCCUUACAUGUGCAGUGGCUAAGACCUUACAGUUUAGUCAUCAAAAAUCGGGAUGUGCUAUCAAGCCGUUUUACAUAUAUAACAAAUUAAAACUUAUUUGUCGAACCAUGGUGCCUGGGCAGCAAGAAGAUGCGCAUGAAUUUUUACGUUAUUUAUUGGAAGGCAUGGAAAAAGCUUAUUUAGCAAGACAUAAAGCCAGCAAACUAGACAGUUAUUCUAAAGAAACAACACCUAUUAAUCAAAUAUUUGGUGGUUAUAUCCGUACUGAAGUAAAGUGCCUACAGUGUCGGCAUGUUUCCACUACAUUUCAACACUUUCAAGACUUAUUAGUAGACAUUCGUAAAGCAAAUACUCUGGAUGAAGCAUUAACUAGUUAUUUUAGUCGUGAACAACUAGAUAACAAUGACUAUAAAUGUGAAGCUUGUAAAAAAAGAGUUCCUGCUACAAAACAGUUUAGCUUAGAACGACCUCCUAAAGUGCUCUGUGUGCAAUUAAAGAGGUUUAGCGUUCUAGGAGGAAAAAUAUCAAAACAUAUAGGUUUUAAGCAGACUAUAGAUAUGGGUCCUUAUCUUUGGAGAGAACCUGGAGAAGCUGUACAACCACUUACAUAUAAACUUAUGUCAAUAGUUACACAUAUGGGUCCAUCGGUAAAUUGUGGGCAUUACACAGCAGUUGCUAAAGUUUCAACAGGCCAAUAUUAUUCCUUCGACGAUUCUUGUGUUCGUCCGAUUAGUUUGAAUAAUGUGUUGAGUACAAACGCAUAUAUAAUGAUCUUUGAAAUGGAACAGCAAACACCAACUCCGGUUCAAACUCAGCAGACUGUCAAAUUAAAUGGUACAAUGACUGUAAACAAUACGUUAUCGUCACCGGGAAGUCCAAAGAAUAAAACUGUAGCUCCUAAACCAUCAACGUCUGGAUUAAUUUCACUAAACGGAUCGCUCAAUGGUACAUCAGUCAAUAAAGACAAUACUGAAAAGUCCGAAACAAGUUUGCAAGCAUCGACGAACAAGAGCGCGGUGCUUCAAUUCACUUCACAGAAGAGCACAAAUUUUAUUGGACCACAGUUACCGCAAAAAUUACAGGAUAAAUCACAACCGAGAUUAAUUAUGCAUAUUAAAAAUGGAAAAAUCUUAAAUGGGAAUAGCUUAGUUCCUUAUGACGGAUCCAGCGAAGAAGAAGAUGUUAAUUCCAUUGUACCGUUAAAAAAUCAUACAAGUUCAAGUACUGCACCAAAAACGAACACAUCUACUAGUGCCACUAAUGGUACACCAAAAAAUUCUCCGAUUAAAAAUAACUUGCCGAAAACAGUUUUUAGUUCAAAAGAAGUACAGAAAUUUACGUCGAAGGCAAAUGGUGGUAAUAAUGUUUCACAGAAUCAGAGUAGUAUAACACAGUGUGCAAAGGCACAAAAUGGUUCCAGUUACAGUACCACUCCAAUAAUGUACCAGAACGGUAAAUUAGAAGCAAAUGGUAAGACAGAAAGUAGUAGCACUAAUAAAAGUAAAUGGCAUCAUUCUGUUAGAGCGAAAACAGGACAAGACGAGAAAGUAAUUACUAAAGCUGCAAAUAGCAAUAUGAAAGGUUGGCAAGUUUCAAAAGAUACAUUUUCCCCUACGUCGACUGCAGCACCCAAUGGGUGGUCCGUGACUGAUAAAGAAGACGUAAAUAAAGUUAAUCAAAACAGUACAACACCUAGUGUUGCAGCGUUAAGAGAUUUUAAUGGAACAAAUCGUUCCGACACAGUUUCGCAUUUAUUAAAGAUGUCUCACCGUGGUUACGGCAGUUCUUCCGUUGUAAAUUGGAAUGGUAACAGGACACAUUUAGACAGAGAGGUUGACAAUGAUAGACGAGAAGAACGUAAGCGGCAUUUCAAUACAGACGAUGAGGAGAUAGAUCGAGGUAGAGUGAAAAAAGUGAAGGAUCAUCGAACGUACGAAGAUAGAAGCAAUACUGAUUAUAAUCCUUUUCAAGAAUAUCAAAAUAGCAAAACAUGGAACCGAGCUUCCGGUGGUGGUUAUUACCGGAAACAUUAUUAUAAUACUUCUAGCUAUACUCGGUCACGGCAUGGUAGAAAUUAUAGGCCUCAACAUUACAGAUACCAUAAUCAUUCUCAUGGCCAUUGGCAACGGGGAUAAAACAGGACAGGUUAAAUUAUUGGGAGAAAUUCUUGUUGUCGAAAGACUUCGUUAGUUUUGAAUUGCUAAAGCAAAUAAUAAUUUUUCAAUACAUUUAAAUUAAAGUACGGAUGUUAGUACCGAUUUAGAUGAUUAAUUUUGAAAGUUAUUCAACAUUCAUUGUAAACAAGUCGCUAAACCGCAUCGCGAUAACUUUGCAUGUUCCUGACAGAGUUUGAACGUACUCUAUCGUUGUCUUGUAGCUUAUAUUAUGUCUAUUGACAAUGUACUACAUAGUACACGGGAGAUGAGUACCAGCAGCUCUGCCAAUUUUGUGUUCAAAGUGAAGCAAGCAAAAUUUGUUAUAAAAUUGUGCUACAAUACGUGUAUUAUUAAUUUAGACUACGUAUAGUGUAUGUAUGGAUGCAAUGUUUCAAAGUUACGUGAAUAAUCUUUAAAGUUUAAACGAUAUAUCACUUAGGAGUUUAUCAACUCUUAAAUACAUUUUUUAUGGUUUACAUUUUUUAAUCGUAAAAUUAUGUUCUUGUUAUUUAAUUGGCAUUACAUAUUUGUAAAAUAAUUUAACGAUUCUAUUUGUACGAUAAUACAGAAAUUUUUAAUGAUUUGAUAUUAAUAUUAAUUAUUAAGACUAUUAUUAUAUUGGAAUUAUAAUUGAAUUUAAUUAAUGUAUAUGCAUAAUUAAAUGACUUUAGUUGCUUAUAGAAAUUAAUGGGUAUCCAUACAUCAUUCAACAGAAAAAUUCUGCAGAUAUUAAGUGAAAAAACAAAAUUAAAUUAAUUUUAAUGUUACAGAAAUAGAAUGGGAUAAAGAUUUAUAAUUUCAUUUUCGUAGCAUAAUGAUCCGUCCUUUGUUUUAAUCAGCAAAGACACUCCUCUCUCUCUGAAUUAGAAUAAAAUGAAUCUAAUCAAGCGAUGAGUAUCGAGAAAUAUGGUGUUCACGAUUGCUUACUGUAAAAAGAAAUUUAUGAUUGCAAUGAUCAAUCAGUAAGCGAAGAUUUUCUCUUAAAUAUAUUUCCAUGAUUACAUGUGACUUUGAUUUUUUUCUUUUUUUAAAUAUAAAAUAUACAUAUACAUAUAUAAAUAUAAUUCCAGAGCGAGUGUGGAAUGGAGAGUGUUUAAUGAUAAUGAUUAAUAAUACCAAGUUAUUAAAAUAUAAAUUAAAGCAAAAAAAAAUUGUAAAUUAUAUAGAUAAAUGUAAAAUUUUAAUAUUACGGAUUUUUCAUAGAGCAUUAAGAGUUACAAAGCCAUAGAUAAUCUGUUAGGUCAAGUAUAAAAGAAGCUGGUUGUUUUACCCGCUUGUUAUAAUAUAAUACCUCGUUAUAUUAUUCUACAAAUUAAGUACUAGCCAAAAUAAAAACAACAAGCAUACGUUGCAAUCUGGCAACUGAUACAGAUUUUAUAAUUCCUAAUUUUUUUUAUUUUCAAAGAUACAUGAAUUUGAAGGAUGCACAUUAGACCUGUGUCUUUAUUUUAAAUAUUAGAUGCAAAUAUUAGUGUUAAUAAAUAAUCACAUUAGCUUAAUAUUGCGGUAAAUGUAUAAUUACCGUGAUAUAGCCUUACGUUAAGCACGAUGUUCUUACUGUCUACUGCGAUACACAGUAAAAAAUGGUCUUCGUAACAUUCAAAUACAUGUACUACGUAAAAGAACAGAAUUUGGAAGUUUAAAAUCGGUAUGUCUGUAUUGUAAACGUAUGUGAUAUCGACUGUACAGCGACAAAUAGCGAAUAAAUGCCAGAUUUAAUUUAUGUACUAAUUACUUUAAAUAAAAUGAAAAUGUC